AUGGGUUUGUUCUCGAAGAGGGUGAAAGAACAAUCACCACCCGUGAACAAGAAGGAUUUGAUCCCCUGUGAUAAAGCGUUUGUCGGUCCGCCGAAACACUAUGGUAAACCCCAACUUCCACCAAAGGUUACAAAAGAGCACUCUCAAUUGUACAAAUCGAUGCUUGAGUACUUUCAAAAUGAUAAAUUGCAAUUGCCAAUUGACACGACGCACACCGAGACACUGAAACCUUUGACGUCUAAAGAGAAGUGCUGGCUAUCAAGGGAAUGUCUAUUGAGAUAUUUACGAGCGUCUAAAUGGGAUUUAGAUGCAGCUAUAAAAAGUCUGAAAUCUACGCUUGUCUGGAGACGAGAAGUUGGUCUUUCAUUGAUUGAUGGAAUAACUGCACAGCCCUUGACUUCUAACCUCGUUUCUGUCGAAAAUGAGACUGGUAAGCAAAACAUUCUGGGGUUUGAUAUCAAUAGGAGACCACUGCUAUAUAUGAAAAAUGGCCGUCAGAACACGGAACCCUCCUUCAGGCAAGUGCAGCAUCUAAUAUAUAUGAUGGAAAGUGUAACUACAUUCACACCGCAAGGAGUGGAAAAUAUUACUGUUUUGAUUGACUUCAAACACUAUAAAGAGCCGGGAAUCAUCACAGACAAGAUGCCGCCAUUAUCAAUCGCAAAGCUAUGCCUUAAUGUGAUGCAGAACCAUUAUCCGGAACGACUUGGUAAAUGUGUGUUGGUCAAUAUCCCAUGGUUCGCAUGGGCCUUUCUUAAGAUGAUGCAUCCAUUUUUGGAUCCUAAUACAAGACAGAAAACCAUAUUUGAUGAGCCGUUCGAGAACCAUAUAGAUGCCGCACAACUACAAUCCUUGUACAAUGGAAAACUGGAUUUCUCUUACAAUCAUGAAGUUUACUGGGCAGACCUGUCGGAGAAGGUUGAGAGUUUGAAGAAAUAUAGCUACGAACGAUUUCUCAAAUUCGGAGGUCUUGUUGGCUUAAGUGAAUUCGACUUGAAGGGAGAUCAUCAAGAUCUCUUGUACCCCGUAGACUACGAAAACCUUUCAUAG